AUGCAAAUUGUGGUCACUCUGGAUGAUACCUCACCUCCUCUCAUUGGUUUUCAACUUCCAAAAAACAAGAUCAUUACGGAUUCACAAGGAAGACAAUGGACCGUAGGAGAGAAUGUCUUGUUGGAAAUUGAGAGAAGUCCCAUAACAGUGAAUUAUGAUUUAACAUUUGGAGGUUUUGCCUAUAAUGCGUAUGAACGAAUCCAUGCGCCAUCCUCGAAUUGUAUGGCCAUGGCCAAUCAAAAGUGCUGUCCAGUCACAAGUGGCAACAACAAUAUGUACUUUUUGAGGGAAAUGAAACAAAAUGUGACCAAAUAUAAUUACUAUUAUGCAUCCAUGAAUAGUCCACAAUACUCGAUUCAAAUAAGGGCAGUUCAGACUUCCAAAACAGAAACUCUUACCCUCGCAAAUACUGUUAAAAAACAAACUGGAGCAGGUCUGACAGCUUGGAUCGUUGCUGAUUUGAUCGAUGUCACCAGGUACAUGUUUUUCUCAAAUGAUUUUGUUGUAAUUCCAGACAAUUAUACUCCAACACAAGAAGGUUUUUUAUGCGGACGAUAUAAUUUUGGAGAUUCCAUUAAUCGAAUUGGAAUUUCACCAUCGACCUACAUUCGAAAUGUCAAAUGUUCAGACAAGAUUGGGUUAUUAACAUCAGUCAGUGGCUCUUCUCCAAUGGAUCAAUUUGAGAAAUUUCGAAAAGACACCAUCUCUACUGCCAUUGGUUGUACUUUUUCUCCAAGCAGCUCUACCACCAGCUCGAACACUGCAUUUCCAAGUAGUACUUUGAGACGUUCCUAUCCAUACACUUGUCAAAAAAUUGUGACUUCACAAAUCGUUUUGAGAAUUCCAACCGAUGGCUCUGGAGUGAAAAUUAUUCGUCUCUUUGGAAAUCCAGUGAUCACAAAGAGUGGAGUGAAUGAAAUCAAACAUGGAGAUAGGAAUUUGGAAAUGUUUCUUGAUGUGUUCAACAAUGCCGAUAGCUCUGGAAAUUUUGACGUAAUUCCCAAUGCAUGUUGUGUAUCGAGUGUGACUUCCACUCCAAAUUUACCAAAAUGGGAUUGUCAUUCUGUAAUGUUUUCACAUGGCAUUUCUCAAACUGUAGAAUCGUACAAGGUCUAUCGAUUUAUCUUUUCCAUGUUGUUGGAUCAAGUGGUAAACAAAUUUGGAUACUGCACCUUUUCUGUCAUGCAAUAUGGAAAGGUGGAUUUGAUUCACUCGAUGAACUUUACCACUCUGAAUAUUUCAUCCAACUCAAUCGAGACGGACAUACCAGCGGUCCACGAUGAUUGUGUUCCUCCCUAUGGUAAGAAAAUCUUUGGAGUUGGAAAUAAGGUUUUGUGUAUUACUGAAUGUCCAUCGCAGGAUUUAGUGUAUGACUCUGUGAAAUUGAUGUGCAAACCUGUCAAUUGCAAACUCAAGUACAAUGCCACUAGAAACUAUUUCAAUCCAGAAACUCAAUUAUGUGAAGUGGUAAAGACAUGUUUGGAAUGGAAAGAAAAUUACAAUGCCAUCACCAACACGUGUGAGUUGAAAGAUUCUUUCAAAAAUCAAACCCAAGCAAAUGAUCAACAAUUGGAUUUAAUGAAUGAAGUGAGUAUUUUGUCAACCUUACCAUGUGGAAAUAAGGGUGAUUCAUCUCAAGACAAGACCAGAUGUAUGUGCAAGUCUGAAUCUCAAAUUACAGCUUUUGACUACAAGCCAUGGAAUCCAAUUUUUUCACCAUCUCUCCAACAAGAAUCACAAUUUUGCAUGAUUGACACCUUGUCUCUCAGUUCUCCUCCAAGCUCAGAGAUUUUAUCUUCUGGUAUUUUGGAUAUGGUCAUUUCGUUGGAUGUAUGGCUUCAACUAGUCAUUGGAAUUUCUUCAUGCUUAUUGAUGUCUCUACUCUAUCUCUUUGUGUCCGUUUGUUGUCCAUGUUGUUGCAUUCGAAGAAUGAACAUGCGAUUGGAAGUUCAAAAAAGAGAAUUUGGAGAAUACAAGAGAAAAACAUUCUGUGAAUUAAUCUCCUCCAUUCUAUGUUAUGGAGACUUUUCCUUACGAACUUAUCAUUUAUCCAAAGAGAGGACAAAAGAAAUGAUGAAGCAACAAUUUGAACUCAAUUUAUGGAGAAAAAAGAGACUUAAACAUGCCAAGCUUUUACUUGAUCGAGGAGAGAAGAUAGAUUCCAAUAUUGCUCUUCAAAUUCAAAUGGAUAUGGAAUUGGAUCAACUUGAGGAUUUGUUGAAAGAUAAGAAACAAGACAUGCUCAUGGAAGCACAAUUUGAAAAGGAUGAAGAUUCAUCCAAUAAAGAAGAAGAAGAGUCAGAUGAUUCGCAACAACAUGAAGAAACAGACGACUCUGAAGAAGAAGAACCGACUUCUUCUGAACACUCAGAGAACUAA